AUGUUAUGGAAGGAGAAGAUGCUUUGGAUGGAGAAGAAGUUAAGGAAGGAAAAGAAGUUAGGGAAAGAGAGGAAGUUAAAGAAGGAGAAAAAGUUAAGGAUAGAGAAAAAGUUUGGGAUGGAGAAGAAGUUUGGAAUGGAGAAGAAUUUAAUGGAAGGAGAAGAAGUUAAGGAAGAAGAAGAAGUUUUGGAUGGAGAAGAAGUCAAGGAUAAAGAAGAAAUUAUGGAUGGGGAAGAAGUUAAGGAGGGAGAGAUGAUUAUUAUGGAUGGAGAAGAAGUCAAGGAAGGAGAAGAAGUCAUGGACGGAGAAGAUGUUAUGGAAGGAGAAGAUGCUUUGUGA